CUCUUCAUCACAAUUGAAAAAAAGUGAGCCAAGAUGUCUGUCCCUUACAACCUCCUGACCAACGCCCCCAGCGGCCACAUCCCGGCUUCGCAGCGCGUUCCUACUAUUGCACGACCCUUCCUUAGCGAGAGGGCGGCGAAGACACUCGAUCUUGUUGAGAAGUUCGUCGAAGAAGAAUGCAUUCCUGCUGACCAGGUAUACCUCCGCCAGCUUGGCGAGACAACCCAAGAGCGCUUCUCGGCACAUCCACAGAUUAUCGAGGACAUGAAGAAGAGGGCACAAGAGCUUGGGCUGUGGAACAUGUUCCUUCCUAAGGCACAUUUCAAGGAGGGUGCUGGAUUCAGCAAUCUGGAGUACGGUCUUAUGGCUGAAUACCUGGGCAAGAGCAGGAUAGCUUCUGAGGCUGUCAACUGCGCUGCCCCAGAUACCGGUAACAUGGAGGUGCUUGCCAAGUACGGCGACGAGGCACAGAAGAGGAAGUGGCUUGACCCUCUGCUGGACGGGAAGAUUCGAUCUGCAUUCUUGAUGACAGAGCCUCAAGUUGCCUCGAGUGACGCUACGAACAUCGAAAUGACCAUCAAGCGCGAUGGCGACCACUACGUCCUGAACGGCCAGAAAUGGUGGUCUUCAGGUAUUGGUGACCCUCGCUGCAAGAUCUUCAUCGUCUUGGGCAAGACCAGCCCCAACAACCCCGACAAGUACAAGCAACAGUCCGUCAUCCUCGUUUCCAGCGACACCCCCGGCAUCACCAUCCACCGCAUGCUCUCAGUCAUGGGCUUCGACGACGCGCCCCAUGGCCAUGGCCACGUUACAUUCACCAACGUGCGCGUCCCCGCCUCUAAUAUGGUUCUCAGUGAGGGCAAGGGCUUCGAAAUCAUCCAAGGCCGUCUCGGACCCGGCCGCAUCCACCACGCCAUGCGCAGCAUCGGCUCCGCCGAGAAGGCCCUCGAAUGGAUGCUAGCCCGUCUUAACGACCCGCGCAAGAAGCCCUUCGGCGAGAUGCUGCACAAGCACGGUAUUAUGCUCGAACGUGUCGCACGCGCACGCAUUGAAAUCGACGCCGCGCGCCUCUCCGUCCUCAACGCAGCCAUCAAAAUUGACGAAUCCAACGCCAAAAGCGCGCUCAAGGAAAUCGCCGAAGUCAAGGUCCUCGUUCCCGAAGUCAACCUCAAGGUCAUCGACUGGGCCAUCCAGGCUUAUGGAGGUGCUGGUGUCAGCCAGGACACCCCGUUGGCGAAUAUGUAUGCCAGUGGUAGGACGAUGAGGAUUGUGGAUGGGCCCGAUGAGGUGCAUCUGUUGCAGCUGGGUAGAAAUGAGAACAAGCGGGGUCCCGCACAUAAGCAGAGGAUUGAGGCGCAGCAGAAGAAGGGCGAGGAGUUGUGUAGGAAGUAUGGGAUUGAGCCCAGGGAUCCGCUGUACUUGAACAGGACGAGUGCGGAGUCUAGCAAACUGUAG